AUUUUUUGUGAAACAUCUGAGUUAUGUGUCACUUUGUCGGCACCUUAUAUGUUUAAAUUGUAAAGCAAGUUUGAGGUCUCCCCUGGCAAACCUCCCCAAGAUCAGCGGCAUGCCAACAUCUUCGUCCUGGACUCGCACCUACCUCAACUGGAAGCGUGUGCUGUUGCUCUCGCUGAAGUGCGUAUACGUAAUGCUGGUGGUGAAGUUCAGCCAGAGGUGCUUGGAGAUGGCCUUUAAAAGCCAGUUGGCCCAGAGGCAGACGGAAAAUGCACAAGUGGGAUCGCGGAGCCGAGGAGAAGCACUCACUUAAUGGUCACAUGACGAUUCCUAUAUGUCCCAUUUGUAGAAGCUGAGAGGAAGCCGAUGAAUAAACAACAGUUGGCGAAUGUC